AUGAAGUCUUGCCCACCACCAGUCCACGCUGGCUCCCUGCCAUGGAGUCUUGCCCACUACCAGUCCACGCUGGCUCCCUGCCAUGAAGUCUUGCCCACCACCAGUCCACGCUGGCUCCCUGCCAUGGAGUCUUGCCCACUACCAGUCCACGCUGGCUCCCUGCCCUGGAGCUUUGCCCACCACCAGUCCAUGCUGGCUCCCUGCCCUGGAGUCUUGCCCACUACCAGUCCACGCUGGCUCCCUGCCAUGGAGUCUUGCCCACUGCCAGUCCACGCUGGCUCCCUGCCAUGGAGUCUUGCCCACUACCAGCCCAUGCUGGCUCCCUGCCAUGGAGUCUUGCCCACUACCAGUCCACGCUGGCUCCUUGCCAUGGAGUCUUACCCACUACCAGUCCACGCUGGCCAUGCGUGGCUCAGACCACUAUAA